AUGGCAUGCUCAUCUACCACCUCUGCUUCUUCCCUCUUAUCUCUAAACCCUAAUUCAUCACUCAUCUCUCCAAAAAAACCUAUUUCCACUCUCUCUAUCCCUAAUUUUCUCCCUAAACCCUUCUCGCUCCCUUCACUUUCAUUCUCUCGCCCCUCUCUUCUUCAACACUCUUCUCCCCGCAAUUCCUUCCUCGUUAAUGCCUCUAGUGGACUUCCAUUGGUUGGAAAUGUAGCACCUGAUUUUGAAGCAGAGGCUGUUUUUGAUCAGGAGUUUAUCAAGGUCAAACUCUCUGACUAUAUUGGGAAGAAGUAUGUUAUCUUAUUUUUCUACCCAUUGGACUUCACCUUUGUUUGUCCAACAGAAAUCACUGCUUUCAGUGACCGGCAUGCAGAGUUUGAUGCAAUAAAUACUGAGAUUUUGGGUGUUUCAGUUGACAGUGUGUUUUCGCACCUUGCAUGGGUUCAAUCAGAUAGAAAGUCAGGUGGCCUUGGUGACUUGAAAUAUCCUCUAGUUUCUGAUGUUACCAAAUCCAUAUCGGAAUCUUAUGGUGUUCUCAUUCCUGAUCAGGGAAUUGCAUUGAGAGGAUUGUUCAUUAUCGACAAGGAAGGGGUUAUUCAACAUUCUACCAUCAACAACUUGGCAAUUGGUAGAAGUGUUGAUGAGACAAAGAGAACACUCCAGGCCCUGCAGUAUGUACAAGAGAACCCAGAUGAAGUUUGCCCUGCUGGAUGGAAGCCUGGGGAGAAGUCCAUGAAACCAGACCCCAAACUUAGCAAAGAUUACUUUGCAGCGGUAUAA